AUGUUCAUCGGCGGCCUCAGCUGGCAGACCUCCCCAGACAGCCUGCGCGACUACUUCAGCAAAUUCGGCGAGAUCCGCGAGUGCAUGGUCAUGCGGGACCCCAGCACGAAGCGCUCCAGAGGCUUCGGCUUCGUCACCUUCGCCGACCCGGCCAGCGUGGACAAGGUCCUGGCCCAGCCGCACCACGAGCUCGACUCCAAGACGAUUGACCCUAAAGUUGCAUUUCCCCGACGAGCACAGCCUAAGAUGGUCACAAGAACAAAGAAAAUAUUUGUAGGUGGAUUAUCGGCUAAUACAGUAGUGGAAGACGUAAAGCAAUACUUUGAACAGUUUGGCAAGGUGGAGGACGCCAUGCUCAUGUUCGACAAGACCACCAACAGGCAUAGAGGAUUUGGCUUCGUAACUUUUGAAAAUGAAGACGUGGUGGAAAAAGUCUGUGAAAUUCAUUUCCACGAGAUCAAUAAUAAAAUGGUAGAAUGUAAGAAAGCACAGCCUAAAGAAGUGAUGUUUCCACCAGGGACGAGAGGAAGGGCACGCGGAUUACCCUAUACCAUGGACGCUUUUAUGCUAGGGAUGGGAAUGUUGGGUUACCCAAAUUUUGUUGCAACGUAUGGCCGAGGAUACCCUGGAUUUGCCCCCAGUUACAGCUAUCAGUUCCCAGGUUUCCCGGCGGCGGCUUAUGGACCAGUGGCAGCGGCGGCCGUGGCGGCGGCGAGAGGAUCAGUCUUGAAUAGCUACAGUGCUCAACCGAAUUUUGGCGCACCCGCUUCCCCGGCAGGCUCGAGCGCGGCGCGGCCCGGCGGCUUCCCCGGCGCCAACAGCCCGGGGCCCGUGGCGGAUCUCUACGGCACGGCCAGCCAGGACUCCGGCGUCGGCAACUACAUAAGCGCGGCCAGCCCGCAGCCCGGCUCCGGCUUCGGCCACGGCAUCGCGGGACCUUUGAUUGCAACGGCUUUUACAAAUGGAUACCAUUGAAACGUUACACAUGGGUGGUUGCCAUCU